GGACACAAUGUCGAUAGCAGCACUUCUACGCACGGCGAAAUCGAAAAUAAUGGCCGCCGCGGCGGAAAUGCCGGCCCAUCAUCUAAAAAUCUUCAAACGAAAGAGCUGGCCCACGAUGACGAGGAGAUGGCGAACAACCAGCUUGGCAAUGACAAUGGAACAAAUGAUUCUUCUGCGGCAAGUAGUAGAGCAAUAGCCGUCGCCAAAGACUUCUAUCAGCACGACAUUCAGAGCUGGAUGUACGAAGACCUUCACCUGCCCGCAAAUUCACUACUUCUUCAUAAUGAAGUUCUCCCGGCAACUACAGGCGCUCCUCGUCCACCAGGUCCAGCCAGUUACUGCAACCAUCGCUACCGCUUCAGGGAGCUGGACCUCACGCUCUCCCGGAUCACGUCGGAAGGCCAGGGCUUCGGCGAGUUUCUUAUGGGGCUCUCAAACGUUACAUUCUCAACUGUUACAUGAGAUUUGUAAUGCAGGAAUGGCAAAAGUGAAAGGGACGAGGACGAGGUUGCUCCUUUUGCAUUACAGGUUUGGAGCAGAUUACAAUGCUAUCUAGCGUGUCGAGAACUUGUCAUGCGGAGAAGGUUUGAAAUUGUGAAAAGUGAUAGCGUUUUUGCAUGACAAAUCAUGUAACAUUUGAGAAUGUAACGUUUGAGCGCCCCAUAUUUCUGACGAAGAAAGAUUUCGACCUCUGUCUUCCGUACGCAUUGAGCCACUUGGCGAAUCUCAGUUUACGGGUGAAGCAGGCAAACGAGGUUGUGUUUGCGGCGCGAAAUAUCAAAAUGAAAAAUCCUCCCUCCCCAUAUCGAAACGGAAACCUGUGAUGCGGGAUUUGUGUACACAAAUCACAUUUGUCUUGCAGGAAAGCACUGCGCCCAGAUCGCAAGCCUGAGGGGGGGCUUUUGGUUGAUUAGGGGCUUAGCGUGGCAGGUGUCUUUCUUGUUGGCCUUGCAGCAUUACAAGCUGCCUGCAUAUCGUGGCGGACUCCCUGGGUUUGCCUUCUGGCAAGACAGACAGGAUUUGUGGCCACAAAUCUGCAUCACAAAUUUUCGGAAGGACAAAAUGCGUUCACUAUGGGGAGGUGGGGGGAUUUUCCCUUGCAAUGCGAAACCUGCGGCAUUUGUGGCUGCCGGACGUGCAGGACGUGCUCACUUUUAUUCAGCAAAAAUUCCAGGAAAGCCCGCAUUUGCUGGUCGACAAGUGGUUCUUUUGGGAAAUCCUGGCGCAGUUCCAAUUACACCAAGUGGUGGAAAUCCAGGCAGUGCCUCAGCUGAGUCCGGAUUUUCACCGGGCGCAGGCGUUGUUGGCCAGCGACACGACCGGAUCUUCUGCUGUGAUUGAACAUCAAGCUAGUGGCACGGAAACAACCGAAGACGCGUCUACUCCGGAAGAAGAUCAUGCUGACACUCUUUCAUCAUCAAUAUGUGACAGUGGUGAAGAUGGCGAAGUAGAUUCGCAUUCGGGUAACAGGAGCAGCUUGACGACUGCUGCGACAACUGCCAUAAAAACUCCUGAGGACGCAGUAGAAACAGGUGAAGCGAAAAGCGCAACUGCAGCAACAUCCGGGAUGAUGAAACACCAGGAAGAGGAGAUGAUGCACAGCAAAAACAGUUUCAAAUACACCAUUCCCAAACCAAUCAAGAACGAGGUCUUGCAAAAAAACCGGAAGUUCGAGGGCCGGCAGCAUUGGAGCCAGAGGUUGGAAACGUGGUGGAGAAGGAUUUUUCUGGCCACAACAGAACUAGAAGGGAAAGUAGAUGACAAUCACAAUCAGGUAGUUGGGGUGGAUGAAGAAGAAGAACAUCACGGCGAUAAGAUACAACUACCGUCCAAGAUGAACACUGCCGCAGCCCACAUAUCAAAUGUAAAAAUGUCUGGGUCUGGAAGAAUGCAUGUCUGUCAUGCUUGUCUGGCAUGGCUCUUGAAUCUGUCAUGCACGUUGCCCAAGAGCCCCAUUUUUCUGUCAUGCAGAAACGCAGUUUGUCAUGCAGAAUAGGCAACACCUAGCGGCUCCGAAACUUGUCAUGCUGGGCCAGCACUUGUGGCCUCAUCGUGAUACGCCACCCAGCAUCACAAAUUUCCAGACCCAGACAUUUUUGCAUUUGAUACCACAAGAAACAUACCUACUUUCAAGUCGUCUUCCCCCGUUACCUAUCAGAUGUAAAAAUGUCUGGGUCUGGAAGAUUGCCAGGUUUGUCAUGCACAUUUUUCAUGACUCCUGAUCUCUGUGAUGCAUGCCCUAGCAUCACAGAUUUUGCGAGGGCUUCCUGAUGGCUAUACCGCAUGACAAAUGCUCUUUCCGUACAGCAAAACUUGGACUCUCUUUGCUGCUCAUGCAAUACAGAUUUUUUUAGAAUCCAAAAUCAGCAUGACAAGUUGGAUUCUUCCAGACCCAGACAUUUUUGCAUUUGAUACUACCUCACCUUCCACGGCGUCGUCGCCUCCGCGCUCCGUGCCAAAAACACACCGUAUUGCCCGCGGGAAUGCCAAGAUGCGGUCUUGCAAAUGUACUUGCGGCUGAAAACAAGUGGGAUGGCGGCGAGGGACGACGAGGUGAAGAUCACUUCGUCGACUCGAACUGCAGGUGAGUACUCAACAUCGCCGCUGGAUGGACUACCAUCUCUGGAAUCUGAACAAGAGAAUGGAAGACAACUUCAGCAGCACGAACGAAAAGGAAAAGGCCUCGUGGACGAAGUCGACCACCUCCCGCAUCAAAUAAAGCAGUUAGAGUUGAUCGAAGUGGGGCCGCACUACGGAGAUUGCAUGCUUUGGGCCGUGGCCUUUGUGGACAGUUUGGAAAAGAUUGCUGUGCGUCGAAAAGUAUCCUGUGCAAAAGCAUCGUAUUCGUAUUGCAAUCAUGCAUUACAAAUCUUUUUGUUGAGUCAAAUCCGCAUUGCAAAUUUUUUUUCUCAUGGUGAGGAAACUUGUAAUGCAUUUAUACGAGUACGAUACUUUUGCAGUUCAUAAAAAGAUAAAAAAACGAAAUUGUCUUUGACCAAAAAUAAAGUCACCGCUACUUCCUUCGGUUUUGACAUCGACCAAAAGAUCGUCGACGGGAUCAGAAAAAGCAUCUUUCUGAACGACAAGUUCGCGGACAAAGUCGGGUACGACUUGCAAGAUCAUAUCUUCGUGCUGGGACUGCUAGUAGAAAUUGCGAAUUUACAAACUUAACUUUCUCAGAAUGACAAAUUCCAAAUCAAUGGAAUGUGUCAUGCUGAUUUGCCUUGCGGUUGCGACGUCGAUUUGCAUUUAUGCAUAAUCGCGAUUUCUACUACGAGUACGAUACUUUUGCAGCAUGAUAGCGGGGUGCGGCUGGCGGCGAUUACCGAUGGGGUCAGCGGAUUGCAUUUAGGCAUGAUGGACAAGAAUACAAACUACGCCACGGCGGGUGAGGACUAUGGGCCAGGUGGUCAUGGUUCAUCAGAUACUACAGGACAAGAGCGACGAGACGCUGCGCCUUCUUGGUACGUCAAGACUCUGGACCAGUUGUUGUUGGGACCACCACGUAGUGGUGGUAGCGGACCCCGCACAAGUAACAAAAGGACACCAGCACCAGGCAAGCCUAGCACAGGAACAAGUACACGAAGAACUCCCACACUGAACAUCAAGCGCCGUGAAGAACAACAAGAAGACUACAGUGACGACAAACACAACAAGCACACCAUCCUGAAAAUCCACGUUGUGGGGAAGCUGGAGCACCGGAUUUUGUACGGCGCGAAAGAGUACUUGUUUGGCCCGACUUCCACCGUGCGACAGGUCAUAUGAGAGUGCACACCGCCUCCCCCUCAUUUGUACUUUUGCAUGAACACCAAUACAAACACCACCAGACGUGGACCCUGUGCAUGACAAAUUCAUGCGCCUCGUGUAGUACUGUUUUGGCUUCGUCCGGAAUCUGUCGUGCAAGCAGUGCCACAGGGAAGCACUUGGAUUUGGGUUUUUGCGUCACAAAUGAAGGGACGGGGGAGUCCUUGUGCACUCUCAUAAGUCAUUUUGCACAUUGACUACCCGCAUGUGUUGAAAAACGCGGUGCGAUUUCUUGCGGACGGUGACGAACAUCUUCACGAAGGUCAUCUUCUUCAUGCGACAACCGAUCUGCACCUGCCCAGAAGAAGUGCCGCGGCCACAUUUCCAGAAGAACACAAGGAAUCUACCACCGGUAUGGGGCUCUCAAACGUUACAUUCUCAACUGUUACAUGAUUUGUCAUGCAAAAUGACCAUGACCCGCCAGACUAUCAAGCUGCUUCGCAUGACAAAUUCCCGGAGGGCUAAAUAGCACUGUAAUCCGCACCAAACCUGUCAUGCAAGACGCGCAAGGGAGGUCUCCCUCUCACCUGUGCUAGUCUUGCAUUAAAAAUUCAUGUAACAGCUGAGAGUGUAACGUUUGAGAACGCCAUAACCGGCGCGGGCUUUCAGGUGUUUCAACUGCUGCUGAAGGGUAUCCUGUGCAAAAGUAUCGUAUUCGUAUAUAUGCAAGACUUGCAUUACAAAUCUUGUUCUUAAGGUAAAUCCGCAUUACAAAUUUUAUUUCUCAUGCUGGGGAAAUUUGUAAUGCAUUUAUACGAGUACGAUACUUUUGCAAUGCAUAAAGGGGUUGACGUUCCCAGAAUUUCACGAACUUCGAUAUCCACAAUAAAUUUCCUGUACACGACGUACAAAUUCAAAUGUGGCUUCUGCAUGACAAAACUGAGCAUCAGUCCUAGUUUAGCAUGACAAGUGUUACACUCCAAAUUGGUGAAGUUUAUCAUGCAUUUUUUACAUCAACGGGAAAUUUACGUUGCAUAUCCGGAGACUCUAUUACAUGACGUUGCGAAAAUUUUUGGAAAGACGGGUGGCUACGAUCAUGAGCAAGACCCGUGCUGACAGCGGCAGGGCAACAUAUCAUCCAUCGGAUGCAGUAGAAGUGGAGCAAAUAGCUGAAAUAAAUGGUGCGAAGCCGCAAGCUAGAGAUCAUGUGGAUGAAAGAGUAAGAGAUGACAAUAAAGAGAUCCGGAUGUUGGAUGCGUUUCUUGCUGCGGAGAAGAAAUUAGAACGGGAGCAAUUCGGUGGAAUUUUUAUCGGAAAUAAAACGCAAGUAGAAGCAGAUGCACCAGCAGUUCCAGCACCGAAAAACGCUGCAUCAUCCCGCGAGGACCAGGAUCAGACGGGCAGGCAAGAACACCAGAGGACCGCCAGUGCGGCAAGAACAUCGUCGUGCAAAAUGAAAAUCAAGAGGAGGAAACAGCACCGGACGAGUAGGGAGCAAAUCAACAGGAAUAGUGGUUUUUUUCGGAUUUUCGACCACCAGAUAUUGGAGGAAGAGGCUGAUGAACAACUCCAGCAAGAAGAGCACGACUUUGGAAGCGCAAAGGACAAUAAAGACUACCCGAGAACAAGUGAUGCAAAUAAAUCGAAAUUCCACGACUUCACUGAGUUUUACUUUAAUCUUCACCCCAGAUUUCUCCCCGACAGGCUCCUCCACUACUUUUUUCAUAGUCUGGAGGUGAGGCAGGUCGUCGUGAGUCGAACCGUGGGGGAGGCGCUGGCGUGACAUAAGAAUGUAAAAGUAGUUGGUGAAAACCACUUGUGCGUUGCUGGGCGUACGAAAAUACUUACCACGAAGGAGAAUAAACUGGACAGGAGAAGACUGAUCACAGCGCUGGGGCCCAGUAAGCGAUAAGUAGAAAACGAAUCAUCUGCAUGUUGGGUGCUCGGCCGACCCUAUAGUUCUA